UACGAUAGUUUUCGUACAUCUGGCAACAUUGCUGGGUUUGAUGGUGGGAGUGAUGUAGAACACGGUAGGUGGCGGUAGUGCAACUUUAAGCAUGAAAGCCGCCGUAAAACACUAACAAAGAAGAAAAAGAACACCACCGAAGAAGAUAAAGACUUGGCGGGACCCUGUGAGAUCUAGUGUCUUUGUUCCGCCAUCGUAGAGACCAUAGUCAGAGCAGAGAGCUGCUUUAGCAACCAGGAUCAAAAUGGAUCAGUACAAACUCGAAAUAAAAGAAGAGGAGGUGAACGUUCAUCUAGACCAAAAUGAGAGCGAUACGGAGCAGCAGGACCCGAGUUUAACUGAGCGGAACCGGGCCAUUAGCAGAAUAAAGACGGAGCAGCAGGACCCGAGUUUAACCGAACAGGACCGGUACAUUAGCGGAAUAAAGAUGGAGCAACAGGACCGGUCCAUUAGCAGAAUAAAAAUGGAGCAACAGGACCAGAAUUUAACCGAACAGGACCGGUACAUUAGCGGAUUAAAGAUGGAACAGCACGACCCGAAUUUAACCGAGCAGGACCGGUCCAUUAGCGGAAUAAAGCAGGAGCAGCAGGACCCCGACCACGCCGAUCAACAGGAACACAAAGGAAGAAGAGCUUCAAGGCUGUGUCUCUGUCGGCAAUGUAGCCAGGCCCUCGCCGAAACAUCGGAGCUAAAGAAUCAUCAAAAGGUUCACUCUGGAGAAAAACUAUAUGGCUGUGACCAGUGUGGCAAAACUUUCUCUGCAAAACAUAACUUAGGGACCCAUCAUCAAAUUUAUACUGGAGAAGAACCACACACGUGCAUCCAAUGUGGUGUAGCUUUCUACAGGUCAAAGGAUUUAAGAAUCUACUGUUGUGGUCGCACUGGAGAGAAACGUCACUCCUGUGAACAGUGUGGAAAAGCGUUCUCUCGUCUCAGCGGUUUACUGGUACACCAACGUGUUCACACCGGAGAGAAACCGUACUCAUGUGAACAUUGUGGGAAAGCUUUCUCUUACAGCAGUAGUUUACGUGCACACAAACAUGUUCACACUGGAGAGAAGCCUCAUUUAUGUGAACAGUGUGGGAAAGCUUUCUCUCACAGCAGUAGUUUACGUGCACACCAACGGUUUCACACUGGAGAGAAGCCCUAUUCAUGUGAACAGUGUGGAAAAGUGUUCACUCGGCGCACAAAUUUACAGGCACACAAACUUGUUCACACUGGAAAGAAACCUCAUUCAUGUGAACAAUGUGGAAAAGCGUUUUUUUACAGCAGUACAUUACUUGCACACAAACGUGUUCACACUGGAGAGAAACCUCACUCAUGUGAAGAGUGUGGAAAAGCUUUCUCUCAAAAAAGUAGUCUAGGGGCACACCAACGUGUUCACACUGCAGAGAAACCUCACUCAUGUGAACAGUGUGGAAAAGUGUUCAGUCGGCGCACAGAUUUACAGGCACACAAACUUGUUCACACUGGAGAGAAACCUCAUUCAUUUGAACAAUGUGGAAAAACAUUUUUUCAGCUCAGUCAGUUACGGGCACACAAACGUCUUCACACUGGAGAGAAACACCAUUCAUGUGAACAGUGUGGAAAAGCGUUUUUUAAAAGCAGUACAUUACUUGCACACAAACGUGUUCACACUGGAGAGAAACCUCACUCAUGUGAAGAGUGUGAAAAAGCUUUCUCUCAAAAAAGUGGUUUACGGGCACACCAAUGUGUUCACACUGGAGAGAAACCUCACUCAUGUGAAGAGUGUGGAAAAGCAUUCUCGAGGAGCAGUAAUUUACUGAAACAUCAACGUAUUCACACUGGAAAGAAAUCUCACUCAUGUCAACAGUGUGGAAAAGCAUACUUUCAGCUCAGCGAGUUACAGGAACACCAACGUAUUCACACUGGAGAAAAGCCUCAUUCCUGUGAACAGUGUGGAAAAGCAUUUUAUCAACUCAGUCAGUUACAGGCACACAAACGUAUUCAUGCUGGAGAAAAACCUCAUUCAUGUGAACAGUGUGGAAAAGUGUUUUCUCACAGCAGUAGAUUACUUGCACACAAACGUGUUCACACUGGAGAAAAGCCUUACUCAUGUGAACAGUGUGGAAAAGCUUUCUCUCAAAAAAGUAGUUUACGGGCACACCAACGUGUUCACACUGGAGAGAAACCCUACUCAUGUAAACUGUGUGGAAAAGUGUUCUCUUGGCUCAGUAACUUUUAUGUACACCAACGUAUUCACACUGGAGAGAAACCUUACUCAUGUGAACAGUGCGGAAAAGCCUUCUCUCAAAGAAGAAGUUUACGAGCACAUCAGCGUGUUCACACUGAAGAGACAAUUGUCUAACUAAACGAAACCAUAUGGUCCUAGGAUGUUCUGUGACUUUGAAAAUUGUUUUUUUCUUAUUCUAUGCAGUCAGUGUAUAGUGUAUGACUUCUUAUGUUUAGCACUGAACUUACUCAUGCAAACAAUCAAGUUUGUCGUACACCAGGUUUAGGUGUCUGACAUUCUGUUUGACUGACUAAUAGUUUAUGACCUGUCUCUGCCUGGUACACCCUGGACGUAGCUUCCAAACCCAAGAACGUGAAGCUGUGUGUCUCUUUGUCUACUGAGACCACCCCACCAGUUACAUGUGUACUUGAACUAGACCUUCCAUUGUCAGGGUGCAUGGAUACAGCUUUAAGACAUACCUCUGUUACCGGUCACCACUCCUCUCGAGGCAAUAUAGCCUAUAGUAAGCUCAGUGAUUGUUUGAUCCCCACCUUGUCAGAGUGCAAACGGUCUUGGGGGAAACAAUCUGGGAGAGUGUGUGUGCGGGGUACUUACUAGGUUAGCUAGCUAGCUGGCUGGUGCUGCGCUUUCGCCGUGCUCCCCCUUCACCGGGUGCAGGUCGGCGGUGAGAUAGAUCCUCCGCGUUGGGUUCCGUGUUGCACGGAUCGCCGUGUUUGGCUCGUGAUCCGUGAGGUUUGCUUCUCCAGCAGCCUGCGUGAGCACAGCAGCGCUUGGGUUCCCCAUUGUGAUCCUUGCAGCACAGUGCAUAAAGAAACACAUUCAUUAAUGCCCCUUAAUUUUUAUGAGCCUCCAGCGUCUUGGCACUGUUGGACACUUCCCCCUUCAUUUUGUAGCGAAGCCCAAUAUUAUAGAAGAAAGCGUACAAGGGUGGCGGGUGGUGGGAGAGAGUGUGGUGCCAACAUUAUUCGCUGUUUCUCACUGUGUUUAGAAAAAAAGCUUGUUAGCUACGUGUCUCUGUAGCAGAUUGUCCGUGCCACAGCUUUGGGGAGCUGGGCCCUGCUUGUCUGGCUCUGCUGCAGGCAAUGUGGCUGCUUCACCUUGCAUGUUUGCUCUCAGCGCACCGAAUGAAAGACGUACAGGAAGCAGCCUGUAGCGUGACAUUUUUAUUUUCAUAGUUCUAUUCUGUGAUUCGUCAGGAGCCGUUUUCUGUAUGGUGUUGUCUGCAGGAAACGGGCGAGAUCAGCGACGUUUUUCAUGUCUACUGACUGACUGUGGGAGUGUGCUGGUACUGAUGUCCCACACCUCUGAUUGAUUGACCCGUUUUAAUAGAGUCACCACAGUGCACAGCUGUUGCAUUGUUUGGUUCCUGUCUGCACACACACGUCUGUAGAGGGUUUUUUUGAAUGGGAGGGUUACAGUUUUUACUUUGGGUGAAAAGUAAGCGGGAUGUGGGGAAAACAGACAUCUCUGCUGCCAUGCUGCAUCUGCUAUGGCUCUGUGGUUCUGUUCCGGUGGUGCUGCCUGCGGCAUUUUGUGCUUGGACUGGGAAUACAUAUUUGGUGCUGUGUAGUGGAGCUGGUUGCAUCUCUCCCGCUGGACAGAUUAAUGCUGCCAGUUGCUGUUGAUCUGGGCCCUCGUGCUGAUGGCAGCUACUGACAGUCCUGCCACGGCUUCUAUGGUGAUGUCCCUGUUUGUGUGGUCGGCAGUGCCUGUGGGUGUUCGACCCACUCCUGGACUUUCCCUGGCUUCAGACGGGAUUCUCGUAUGAACAAAACCGCUGAUAAAUGGAAUUGAUCUCUGUUGACUUGCCCUGCAUCAGGCCUCUCAUGGCAGCUUUGGCCGUCCAUUCCUCACAUGAGCAGAGGAGUCGGACUGCAGCGCCACAGCAGUGCAGGGUCCUUCUGUACAUUUUUUGGCACGCUACUCCUACACACUUUCAAGUACAGAUACUGUUCAAAUAUAAAACUGUUCCGCUACUUCUGUACCAAGUACAAUAAAAUAAAUAAUAAUAAAUAAAUAUAAUCAACAUUAUAUGCAGAUUUUCAGCUCAGUGCAUUGUGGGUAAUGCACUAACAAAGUGUAAGUGAAGGAGUUAUUCUUGCAGUGAUUGAUGAAUGAGUUUACAUUAUGUAAUGGAAAUGUAAUCUUUGUGAAGGUGUUUUCUAUUGUGACAGAACAAACAUUGCAUUCAGCAUAAAAUCAUCAAAUCUAUGAACCCGCUGUUUUGUAUGUAACCCUUUUCACUGAUUUGUGAAUGACCAUAAAACUGUUUGUGCAAAUAAAAAAAGUAUUAUUUUGACUCCUUAGCAACAAUCCAGAUAUAAAGGGGGGCACAGAGAUAGAGAUUUCAUAAUUAAACUCUUGCAGGGCAACUGCACUGUAAAUGCACUGUUUCUGCGUACUUCUCUUCUUGCAAGAAUAAACCAUAGAAAGACAA